AUGUCCUUACACAGAUACUUUGUCCCUCCUCCUCUGGCAUUAGCUGUUCAUCCAGCUCCGCCCCCAAAGCCCAAGCCUACUGACAAAGAAAAGGACAAGAAGACCGAAAACAAGAAGGAGAAAGAUGCCAAAGACAACAAGGAGAUCGAUAAGCCCCCCGAAGAAGCAAAGGAGAAGGUGAACAUAGAUGAAGAGCAGAAAAAGAAAGAACGGGGCGGACCUGCCACGCCAGCUACUCCAAGAUCGAUGGUUCCUGAACCUGCAACUCCUGCUCCCGGUGACGGUGACGGUGAUGGUGGUGUUGACACGCCUGAAGCAGACGACAAGGCAGUCGUCAAAGAUAAAGGUAGAGCUGAAAAGGGCAAAGAUCCACAACCAGCUGAUGCGAAAAAAGAUACUCCCGACAACAACAAAGUCACGUCUACCCAGAUCAAAGAUCUAACACCGGAGCCGGAGCCUGAAGCUUCAGAAGAGAGUGAAAAGCCAUUGGAACCAAUUCGGCUUUUACCUCCUGCACCAUUCAGACCCAUCCGAACCAAGCUUGAUCUAAAUCCUCUCAAACUUUAUCCCCCUAUCCCUAGUGAUCCCAGGGGUGCAUAUCACGCAUAUGCAAAGGCGGUAGGCAAUGAGGUGAUCUACGUGGAUGUGACAAAAGAUGGAUGGUUGACUGAACAGUGGAAAGAGCGUUCAGAGAGAGAGGCUCUCAAGCGUCUUACCGGUGAAUGGCAAAGGGAUCUGAAAAGGGAAUUGGAAAAGCAACGAGAAUCAAAUAAAGUUAGGGAAUUACCAAGGACUGCAGAGGGUAUUUUGUUGGAGUUGUGGAAUGUCUUGGUAGAAGCUUAUAAUCAUGAGAUUGCAGUAGAUGAGUUUUGGUCGAAAUUUGACUGGACCAAAGAAUCUGCCAAAGUCCAUCUAUCAAAUAUCCAAAGAUCGAUCCAAGAGGAUGAAACGAAAGACAAAAAUGAGAAUAAGGUAGAUUUGGAAGACGCCGAAGUCGGAUCUGAAGCAAAGAAUGAUCAACCAACUACUGAGAUCAAACACAAGUCUGACAGUAGCGAUACUUCUGUCGAGAAGGGUGAACGAGAAGAAGAGGUUGAAUGGACCAAAGAAGGUGUCGAAGAGAUCUUAGCUACUAUUGGUGUUCAAUGUGUAUACAAUGUGGAGAAACCCUCAAGACACUGGUCCCAUCCAGCCGGGGGAUAUCUCCUCUUAUCCCAUAACUAUUUCCUACUAAGGACAGAUAUGCAUAUCAACUUCAAGCCCGAGGAAAAAGCCGGCAAGUUUGAAGUGCUUGUUACCUCUGGACAUGAUAGGGUAUUCGGUGAGAUGGUGAAAGCUCAGAGGGAGAAGGAGUACAGGGAGAGGAAGGAGCGAGAGAAGAAAGAGAAGUUGGUUAAAGAGAAGGAAAAUGCAAAACACAAAGAUAACGAUGAUAAGGAUGUUGGUAAGAAGGACACAAAGGUUGAUGAUGAUAAACACAAGUCGGAAGGAAAAGACAAGAAAGAUGAAACUCCAGUUCCAGGUACACCCCUCAGUAAUGUCAAGCUUAUCGACGGAGAGGUAAUUGUUCCUGCUGCUGUUGAUGCAGUUGCCUUGGGGGACAAUAACGAUGAGAAAGUUAUUAUUGCCAUUCCCGUUGAUGGCAAAGCAGAUCCCAAAAAUGUAAGGAAGGAUGAGAAGCACGAGGCAGAAGCUGCUAUUGUUCCAGGACCGAAAUUAGCUCCCGAAGAAGAGAGAAAGGGAAAUGAAAAGAGACCACUGGGGAUGGAUGAUAUUGCAAAAGCGUUCAAAGCACUCGAAUCGUCAGCUUCUAAAGCUGUAGAUCUGAAAGAUAAGGAGAAAGAAAAAGAAAAAGUCAAAUUGAUUUGGACGUGGUCAGAGAGAUGUGAGAUGUGGAGAUGGAGGAAUUACGAAGUGGGUUUACAUAAUGUCGGACCUGGUGGAUGGGAAGAAAGAGAUUGGAAGGUAUUUGCUGAUGGGAGGGAAGUAUGGGACUUUGAUGAUGAUGAGGCAAUUGUAGAGGUUGAAGAGAAAGAUGUUCAUGAUUGGUCUUUAUAG